AUGGGCAACACCGAGAGCGUCGGCGGGAGGGCCGUGGUAUCGCUGUCCUUGAACGAAUUGGAGGAUCGCAUUAAGAGGGCCAAGAUCACGGGCACUCUCGAUCUCAACCACCAGGGCAUCGCGACCUUCCCCCACGAGAUACUGCAGCUCAAGGGCAAAAUUACGUCGUUGUCAUGCAAUUACAACAGCAUCUCGCGCAUUCCCGACGGGCUGGCCGCGUCGAUGGUCACGCUUACGCGGAUCGAGCUUCAGUCCAACUGGCUCACCACCUUGCCGCCUGAUUUUGGCCAAUUGACCAAUCUCGAAAUUCUCGAUCUCAGCUACAACAUGCUCAGCGCUCUUCCUGACUCGGUACAGCGAUUGAAGGAGCUCGAUGUGGGAUGGAACAAAAUCCAGUACCUGCCCGCGUCUCUCCUCCCCAAGAUCGCUUCCCUCAAGAAGCUCAACUUGCAAGGCAACUUCCUGACGGCGCUGCCGCAGGAGAUCGGGCAGCUCAGCAUCCUCACCUCGCUCAAUCUUCGUAACAACAAGCUCCAGCUGCUGCCGCCAGAAAUCGGUAAACUGCGGCAGCUGACGGACAUCAACCUGAUCGAGAAUCAGCUCACCUACCUGCCGCCCGAGUUUGGCGAGCUCAAGGACCUGCUGCGCCUGCUCAUCUUCGACAACAAAAUCGACACCAUCCCCGUUGAGGUGGCCAAGCUGCCCUCGCUGGCCAACGUCGACAUGAGCAACAACCGACUCGACCGCCUCUUCUACCCGCCCGUGUUCGACUCCUCCGCUGCGCUGCCCGCCACCGACAUCAACACCGGCGCCGCCGAGGAGAACGGGUGGAAGAAGAAGAGCAGAAAGAAGGACCAAAAGAGCGAAAACGGCGGCGCGCCCAGCGAGACCGGCAGCAGCGGCGGCGGCGGUAGCAGCAGGAAGAAAAAGAAGAAGCAGCCGACCGACGACGUGGCAGCGUCGCCUGCGAAGGGCCGACGAACGAAGGGCGAGGCCACCACGGUGACGUCGCCUGAUGGUGGCGCCGGCGAGCAGAAACCCGCGGCCGAUGGCGCUGCGCCGAAGGAGAGCGAAAAGGAAAAGGGGAAGGAAAAGGCAAAGGAGAAGGAAAAGGCGGGCGGAGAGGAAGGGGAGGAGGAAGGGGAAAGCGACGAGUUCAGCCGUCGGCGACAGAUCGACCUCGAGCGCGAGCUCGAUCGGGAGCGGGAGCGGGCCAAGCAGCAGGAGAGCCAGCAGGAGGAGGAGCAGGACGACCCGGUCAAGUGGAAGCGGGUGCAGAGGCUCCACAUCACCAACAACCUUCUCACCGAGGUCCCCAUGUCCAUCGCCAAGGCCAUGAAGGGACUCAAGGUGCGCCUUUCUUUAUUAUUUUAUUAUUAUUUUAUUUUCCAAUUUUAA